CUUUCUCCCUCCCUGUCUAUCCUUCUCUCCCUCCCCUCUCCCACCCUUCUCCCCAUCUCUGUCUCUUCCUUUUCUUUCUUGAUGUCUGUCUUCUGUGUGUAAUUCUCUCAGCGUCUCCUCCUUAUGUCUCUGUCUCUCCUUAUCUCUCUGCCUCAGCCUCCCAUCCCUGCCACCUCUUUCCACCAUCUCCCUGUCCCCAUCAUUUCUAAUCUGUCCUCUAGGGCCCCAGGGCAGUCAGUGCUCUGCGGGCUGUUCCCCCUCCCCCCCACUGCCAAGCUCCAGGCUCUUGCCUGCUGCCCUCUGGGCGCCUGGUGUGUGACUGUCUCCAAAGUCGCUGGCGGAGGGUGCAUUUUUUGAACCUCACAUCCUGAGAUCCUGGAGGCCCUGAGCUGAGAAGCCAGCAGAAUGCCCGGCUUGCUGAACCGUGUCACUGGGGCAGCCCUGCCUCUCAUGGCAUCUGAUGUCACCUCCUAUGUCAAUGGCUACGCCCUGGGCCUGACAGCCUCCCUCACCUAUGGCAACCUGGAGAUUCAGCCCUUCCAAGCUCUCUUUGUGUAUCCGACGGAUGAGUACACCACAGUGGUUGGUUUUGAGGCAGUCGUUGGUGACCGGGUUGUGACCAUACAGAUCAAAGACAAAGCCAAGCUGGACAGAAGCUACUUGGAUAUCCAGUCUGCCACUGUCACAGGGAACAUUCCACAAGAGGGGGUUUCCAUCACCCCUCAUUCCUGCACACCGGGAAAGGUGGCCUUGGAUGAGGAUCUGGAGCGGAUUCUGUUCGUGGUCAACCUGGGGACCAUUGCUCCCAUGGAGAGUGUCACCAUCUUCAUCAGCACCUCCUCGGAACUCCUCACGCUGCCCAGCGGGGCCGUGAGGGUCCUUCUGCCAGCCGUCUGUGCCCCUACCGUAUCUAAGUUCUGCAGCCGAAGAUCUGGCUCCUCCAGCAAACAGACUCAAGGCAAAGACCCACACUGCUUCGGCAUGCAUAGCAUGGACUCCUACAAUGGGCUGUGUCUGGCCACUCUCCUGGACACGGAUGUGACCAACCCCAUGGAAUAUGAAUUCAACUUUCAGCUAGAGAUCCGUGGACCAUGUCUGCUCGCAGGGGUGGAGAGCCCCACACAUGAUAUCCGUGCAGAUGCCUCCCCGUCGGCACACUCAGCCAAGAGCAUCAUCAUUACCUUGGCCAACAAACACACCUUUGACCGGCCAGUGGAGAUCCUUCUCCACCCCAGUGAGCCUCACAUGCCACACAUCCUGGUGGAGAAAGGGGACAUGACCCUGGAGGAAUUUGAACAGCACUUGAACGAGAAAGCAGGUGUCAAUAGGGAGAUAAAGAAGGACAGCAGCGCGGAGAGAAAGACAGAAGUCAUCCGGAAGCGUCUCCACAAAGACAUUCCUCACCACUCAGUCAUCAUGCUCAACUUCUGUCCUGACCUCCACUCUAUGCAGCCCAGCCUGAGGAAGACCCAUGGGGAGUUUAUCUUCCUCAUCGACAGGAGCAGCAGCAUGAGUAAGGCCAGCAUCCAGUAUGUCAAGGAGGCCAUGUUGGUGGCCCUUAAGAGCCUCGUGCCAGCCUGUCUCUUCAAUGUCAUUGGUUUUGGAUCCACAUUUAAGACAAUCUUUCCUUCCAGUCAGAUCUACAACGAGGAGAACUUGGCCACAGCAUGUGACUGCAUCCAGAGACUUCGGGCUGAUAUGGGGAACACCAACCUCCUCUCCCCUCUCAAGUGGAUCGUCCGGCAGCCACUGCACCCAGGCCACCCACGGCUCCUCUUCCUGAUCACGGAAGGGGCUGUGAACAACACUGGGAAGGUUCUGGAGCUGGUGCGGAUUCACUCCUCUUCUACCAGGUGCUACAGUUUUGGAAUAGGACCCAGUGUCUGCUACCGACUGGUAAAGGGGCUGGCGUCUGUAUCCAAGGGCAGCGCAGAGUUUCUGAUGGAGGGGGAGCGGCUGCAACCGAAGCUGAUGAAAUCCUUGAAGAAGGCCAUGGCCCCGAUGCUAUGUGACGUGACCGUGGAGUGGAUCUUCCCUGAGACCACGGAGGUCCUGAUCUCUCCUGUCAGGACCAGCUCCCUUUUCCCUGGGGAACGGCUGAUGGAAUAUGGCAUUGUGUGUGAUGCCUCCUUGUACAUUUCCAGUUCCAUUUCUGACAAAAGGCGAAAGUAUGGCAUGCUGCAUGCUCAGGAAUCCAACAGCUCUGUCUUCUACCACUCUCAGGAGGAGGGCCAUAGCCCAGGCAAUGCAAACUGUGCCAAGAACUUCAACCCAGGGCAUACCAAAGAUGCCUGUCCAUGUGAUGGAGACUCCCUCGCCCAUCAUGGUCUGGAUGUCUCCCAGCGACGGAGAGCAUACAGCACUAACCAGAUCUCCAGGCACAAGGCUUGCCCACGAGCCAUCACAGCCAGCGACCCAACUGGGACCACCAGGAGAUACCCACUGCGAAAAGCUAAGGUGCUGCAAGAACUUGACAAUCAGAACAGCUCGGAGAGCCAGUGUUGGCAGAUUGAUCUGCAGCCCUUACUCAACAGUGGCCAUGACCUGAGGCAGGGCCCCAGGCUGCACGGCCCAGGGGCCCGCAGGCCCUCCCUACUGCCUCAGGGCUGCCAGCUCUUGAUGCUGUCUGGCCAGAAGCCCCAGGCCUGUAGCUCUAUGAAGGAUCUGGAUCCCUGUUCCAGCCCAAAGUCUGGCCCUGACAGCAGAAGCUCUGAGGACUUGGCCAUAGAGCCAUCCCACCAACUCCCCACCUUCGAGACGGAAACAUCCUCAGACUGGGACCCCAUGGCUGAGUCAGAGGGGCAGGCAAGUCCCUGCAGGCCCGCCACUCCAGGCCCUGUGCUGGGCAAGGCUUUGGUCAAAGGUCUGUGCGACAACAAGCGCUUGCAGUGGGAGGUGAGCUUUGAGCUGGAGCCGCCAGCCCUGGAGAAGGGAGACAUACAGGACGCCGACCUGUGGAAUGAGACCUUCCACCACCUGGCAGCCCGCGCCAUCAUCCGGGACUUCGAACAGCUGGCAGUGCGUGAGGACGAAAUAGAGCUGGGCUCCAAUCGUCGAUACCAGGUGAACGCCGUGCACACCAGCAAGGCCUGCAAUGUGAUCAGCAAAUACACAGCCUUCGUGCCCGUGGACAUAAGCAAGCGGCGGUACCUGCCCACCGUGGUGAAGUACCCCAACUCUGGUGGCAUGCUACGAAUGGUCAGCUUCCGGAACCUGACCCGACAGUGGAAGCGCUCCUCUGCAGGCUCUGCACGGUCCCAGGCCAUGCUCAGAGAACACUCCUCAGCUGCAGGAGACAGCAAAUUCCAGAGCCUGGCCCUCAAGGAAAACUCUACUUCGACCUUCAGUAAAACCCUGUCCCCUGGCCGUGAGAAGCACACAGCUGCAGACGGUCCCCCUCACAACUUGUCCAGUAGUGCUCUGGCCUCCAUGAAGACCUCCGAGGCUAUGUUUGGAUCCAAGUUGAGUCUCAACAAGUCCAAGCUACUGAGCCGAGCUGCCAAAGGCUUCUUCAGCAAAUCGCUGGCCAAGGCUUCAGAGCCAAUCCUGGGCAGCCAGAGCUCUGACUACCUACCACUGUUGUCGCUACAGCUGGCCUCGGGAGCCUUUCUGCUCAACCAGGCCUUCUGCGAGGCCAUCCAAAUCCCCAUGGAGAAACUCAAGUGGACUUCACCCUUCAUCUGCCUCCGAAUGUCCCCCACCACCCGCCGGCAAGGUUUGAAGAGUCCACAGCACUGCACCAGCUCAUCCCCUCCCCCACCCUGUGACAACGUCUCCCUAGAGCCCGAAGCUGAAGGCAGCUCAGAUCCGGAGCCAAAUGCGAUGUUGGAGUACACAGGAAAGCUGUGGGCCACUGUGGUGGCCCUGGCAUGGCUGGAACACAGCUCAGCGAACUUCUUCAUCGAAUGGGAGCUGGUGGCUGCCAAGGCCAGCUCGUGGCUGGAGCAGCAGGAGGUGCCUGAGGGCCGCACGCCGAGCGCGCUCAAGGCCACGGCUCGCCAGCUGUUUGUGCUCCUUCGACACUGGGAUGAGAACCUGGAAUUCAAUAUGCUCUGUUACAACCCCGAUUAUGUGUAAGGGAGGGGGAGAGGGAUGGGCUGUUUGCAUUGAUAGGGGAACUUUUUGAAAGCUGUAUUCAAUAUAGUCUUGUUAGAAAGAGCCUUGGACUGGCAGUGGGUAGGCCUGAAUUCAAUCCCAACCUUGCUACCACCUACCAACUUUAGAUCAGUGACUGCCCCAUCAGGGCCUCAGUUUCCCCAUCUACAAAACAAGAAGGUGAGAUAGAUUUUCAAAUGGACCCAAACUUCCUUUCCAUUCAGACCUUCAAGCAGCUGCAGGAUUUGCUGCUGCUGGGGCAUGGCAAGAGAAAUUAACAUACAUGUGUGCACACAGAGAGAGAGAGAGAGAGAGAGAGAGAGGAGAGGAGAGAGGAGUUUCCCUGGAGAGCAAUGUUGGCAAGCAAUAGAGAGAGCAAAGUUCAAGUCCAGUAAAAAAAAAAAAAAAAAAAAAAAGGUGGUGGGGAGGAGUCCAUAAGAAAACCUGUCAAAGACAAGCAACCAGGUCCAGAAGCUUCCUCCGGGUACUGAGAGACCUCCUCUGUCAGUUGCAUUGUGGGGCAGACUUGAAUCUUCCUGGUAAUAGUCUGGGGGCUUUAUCUCCCACUAGCAAGCCAAACAGGGAACCGUCCUUCCCAAGGCUUUGCAAGGGAUUCCUCCUAGUAGCUGAGCACUGCACCCAUGGUAUGAAGUUUGGCUUCCUGUCUAAGAAGAUGUAGGGAGGACCACCAUGGGAGAAAGACUCCCUUCCAGCCUUGUAGCUGUGGCUUGCAGAACUAGUUUCUAGGAUAGGCAAGCUCACCGGAGUCAGCGAAGAGACCAGACUUAAAUAAUUUACACAAGUGACUCCCUCCAUUUGUACUGAGGGGCUAGAACAGCACCUCUGUGUGCAUUGCAUUCUGGGAUAGUGGAGUCUCUUAGCAAUGACCCACAGAGAGAAAACUUCUCUGUAGAAAAAAAAAAAAAAAAAAAAAAAAAAAAGGCUUGGCUGCAUUGUGUCUGUAGAUGGAAAGGAAUAAAAGGAUCUUGAAACUUCAAAGCAGGAACGGGGAGGGGGCAUCCCCCAGUCCAGGAGCAUCAUGUGAUACCCCUGGACUGGUGUCAGACUGUCUAGGCCUUAAGCCCUCCCCUCACCCUUGCCCAGAAGUGUGCCUGGGUCUCCCCAAGGACCCUAGACAAGCUGUGGACCCCAUAAAACCCUUACUCCUAGGUCUUAGCUUCUGAUGUUUGUCUCAAAAAGUAGUCACCAAGGCCCUAAUAGGAAAUCCUCCCAACAUUUCCUUUCUGGUGAGACAAAUCUUGAUUAAACCAAUCCACAAGGGUCUUAUGGGCACUGAGCUAGGGCAGGGCCCCAUAAAGAUUCUAAGGGAUAUGCAGUCUAUAUUAGCAGCUAGAGUUGGGGGAGGGGAUGCUUCCACAGAACACCUGCUAAGUGAAGGGAGGAGAGGCAGGCCCAACAGGAUUUGGAUGCUCUGCUCCUUGCCCUCAUGCCCUGUCAUGUCCAGGAACACUGCUGUACCUUCCCAAAGGGUCCCCUUUUGAAGAGGCAAAGUCUCUUCCCUACUUCACCGGUCUCUUGUGCUUUUAAUUCACAGCCUGGGAAGAAACUGCCCCACAGGCCCUGAACUUAGAUGGGGCAGAAUAAAGUCUUGGGUAUUGGCUUAAUAUCAGUGUCACCAAGAGGAACAGGGAUGUAGAUUGCCUCACCCAAGGUCCCAAGGAGAUACGAGGAGAAAGUUAACUCCCCUGCUCCCUCAAAACUCCCACCACUUUCCUUACUUAGCAGCUCUAGCUUCCCCAGGACUGCAUGGGUAGUGUCCACUGCCUGGUCAUCGUGAGUGGAAAAAUGGUCAGGCUGGGAGUCAGAAGGUGUGGACCUGGGUCUCAGUCUUGAUGCUCCCUUGGACAGUGAGGGACUUCCCUUCUCUCGGCAUUCUAGAGCUAGUGAGUUUCCUUCUGCUAACAUUCCCCAGAUUCCCUCUUGGUAAACAGGGAUUUGCUCUCCUUCUGUGUGACUUUGAACAUGUUGUGUGUGCGCCCCAGGCCCCUCUCUUCCUCUAGCAAUGAGCAAGCCGAACUGUCUAGUGAGCCCAUGAGCUUAAUCCCAGAGCCUCAGGACCUGGAGAGGACGGUGGCCAUGGCUCGGGGCAAUGGAAUUAGCACUAUGAGAUACCUAGAAAGAUCUGCCCACGCACCAGCUGCCAGAGCUCAGCAGUGUGUUUGGUAUAUACAGAGAUGCUGGUCCCUAUAGCCCUGAACUCACCCUCCCAGCACCAUAGUACCAAGAAACAAAUCCCUUGGUUUUCAUUAACCCAAGGACUGGCGAAGGAAGUUUCCGGACAAGACACGUUUGUAAAAACUGCUUCGGCGGUACUCAGAUGACUUGUGCCUCAGUAACCCACUACCUGCCUCACCAAGUAGAUGACCAAAGGGUUGGGCCUUAAGGAAAAGAUAAGAGUCAUAGAGAGUGGGUACAUGCUGAGAGACCAGAGUGGCACAAAGAUCUCAAAAGGUUACACUGUUGUCCCUGCAAGCUAGAUGAACUUGAACUCAUUUAGUUUGUUAAACCAGCUUUACUUUCAAGGUCAUGUCAAAGGGACACCAAAGUCCUCACUGUGUGAAGAAACAUCCACUGGGACUGUCCAGUCAGCCUCAACAUGGCCUUCAGUGGUCAAAACAUGGGCCAAGAAUUGAGGAGCUAUGGGUUGGUCCCAACGCAGCCGCCACUGGGCUGUGUGGCUUCUGGCAACUGGCUGUCUUCCUCCAAGGCCCUCUUUUAUUUUUUUGUAGAAUGCUAGGAUUCUAUGAAGUGUGUACUUCCAAACCUGUUGCUGACCCACAAGGAACUUCUGUGUGGCAAACAUGCUGGAGAAACCCCCAGAAAACAGACUUAACAAAGCAGGUCAGGAUGCUAAUCGAUUAAUGGCACCACCAGUGCCCAAGGAGGUCACCCAGCAUGUGGCUCUUCCAAAGACGCCUGGUUAAAAAAAAUGCUGGUCUUUGGGCAUUUCCCUAAGUUGCCACUAACAUCUAAACAGCCUUUAUGGAGUGUUUGCUGUAUGGAAGGCAUGUGAAGUGCCCCCGUGAGCACACUGGCUGCUGUCCCUGUCCCUUUAGAGUUUGGCAAGGGGUACUGGAAGAGCGUCCAUGGCUCCCUCUGGCACUCAAUGGUCCAGGGCUGGGUUUAUCUUGACUGACCAUUCUCCACCCCCAUGGUCUUGCAUGUGCGGGCAUAGCCUGAGCCUAGCACUGUCUGAGCUUGGCUUACACUAAUCUAUAGAUCUCCUGAGUGCUCAGAAAUUCUUGAUGGCGCGAGGACAGCUGGCCACAGUGAUAGCCAGAGAGGAGUGCCACCAUGCUUCCUGGUGGAACAAGGGAGUACCUGCAACAGGACGCCCUAUGGGUCUACCUCCUGACACAGGCGGGCCCUGUCUCUUAAGGCCCAGCCCAGGGAAGCUCUGGAGCCCAGGGAAGCUUGGCCUCAUUCAGUAAAUUGGCCCACACUGCACUUGUAAAUAUGUGGCCUUGGUUUCCAAUCCAUCCUCUCCCUGCCUGAAGGCAAGUGAGUGCCCCCGUGACCUGAGCCAGCAUGGUUAUAGCUGAUUGAUGGAGUAUCUGCUCCCAAUACCAACUCUUGCCGAUUUUCGUCUGUUCUCUGGAGGGGUGAAAAAGGCCCGCUGCCUUCCAGCUUGGUGCUUUAGCCAAUAGAGGCUUCCGGGAGUUUCCUCUAAGUCCUGUCUGCACCCUAUCUGAGAGACAAAAUUCCUCUACUAACCACGGCCCCGCCCUCUCCCUUGGCAGGAACCCAUAAGAGGAGAUAGUGUGGAAAGGGCCAGCUCCAUCUGGCCACAGUGGCCCUCCCCCAGAGAGUGGCUACUCCAUUCUCCUGAUUGGAAUCUGCCUGACACCCCAGAACUUGUCAUUUGGGGUUCUAAGUCGUGCCCCAGUUGUGACACUGUUACAUCUCAGGGUAACCCAGGAAGAAGUGCAUUCUAUGUCCUAGUGU